CGAGUUUGAACUACCGGUUGUACCUAGUUUUGUUGACUCAUAUCUCAUGCAUCGGUGGGUCAUAAAAAAUUUAUCAAACUGAUCGACGAUCCUCCUGCUAAGUUGGAACCUCAACGCAGAAUAAUAGAUGAUAGCCGCAGUCUCAAUACAACUGAACAUCUUGAUCAGCUAUGAACCCUGCUACUACAGAGCAUACCGUAAAACAGAAACAUUUUUUUCCACUGACGAAAAGUUAUUUAGCCUUCAAUUUCAAGUGGCUGACGAUACUCGGAAUAUGGAAUCCAUACAAGGAGGGACCCAAAUACUGGAUUUACCAAAGUUAUUGGGCUUACGUAGUUUUGGUGGUGAUGGCGGCAAGACUGAUGACCCUCUUGGUGAGGACAAUUAUAGCUGAGGACGCCGCAACAUUCCUCAAUGAAUUCUCCCUCCUCGCCGUGGAACUCGUGGAUACCCUCAAAUAUAUUGCUCUCCUAGUUCAUGAAAAAGAAGUGAUUGAGCUAUCGGAGGCAUUCAAUUGGGAGAGGACCCUACCAGGGGCAGAACGAGUCAAGCAUUAUAGGAAUAAAGUGAUAACCAAAGCUCUGAGCGCCUCCAGAACAUUCACCAUUGCGAUCAUGAUAGCUCUAGUUGAAUAUUACCCAUUCUACUACUACUCCAUUUUGACGCAUUCCGAUUACAAAGUGGAAAGAUUGCCCGUGGGAUCAAUACCUCUUAAAUAUUGUUUCAUAACAUCACACUUCUGGGCAGCCUUCAUCUUCGAUUGGUUCACAUGCACCUGGCUGGGUCUGCUAGCUGUCUGCGAGGAUGCUCUCAUAAUGGCUGUCCUGAUAAACAUGACAGCACAAUUGGAAAUACUGAAUUAUCGAUUAGAAAGAUGUCACUUAACAACUUAUGCCCUCGAUGAUGAUGAAGAAAAUUAUAAUAGUUCCGAUACAUCGUUCGAAUACUUCGGCGGAAAAUUCGGAGUAGAUUCAGAUGGGCAGCCCACUAUUGAUCCGAAUAAGGAGCUCAUCAACUGCAUAAAAUUUCAUCAACAUAUCAAAAGAAUGCUGAAGCUGUUCGGUACUAUCUUUGACAAAGCCCUUCUCCCCCAGCUGUUCACAAGUUUGUUAUUAAUUACUUUGCUACUUUUACAAAUGAUAUUGGGUCAACAAGGAAAUCUUUUGGAUUCAAUAAUCGCAUCGGCUUUUCUGUUCUGCGUCUUACUCCAAUUGUUAGCAUUCUGUUUCGGUGGUAAUUUCGUCCUCGUUGAGAGCGACAGAACAGGCAACGCAUUGCACGCAUCACACUGGUACGACAUGGACAUCACAUUCAGGAAGAAUGUGAAAAUAUUUCUAGGCGCUGUCAGAAAUCCUAUGAUAGUCAGUGCUGGUGGUCUUGUUGAUCUGUCAGCUGAGACAUUCAAGAAUUUACUUACUAAGGGGUACUCAGGAGCAGCGGUAUUACAGAAUGUCAGCGGUUAAAAGAUCCCUCGGGAUUGCAGUUCAUAGUCUAGUCAUCUCAUAGCAUCGGAUCAAUCAACAAUUAUGAUAUUGCCAUCACUUUUAU